AUGCGAGGAGCAAAGAAGGUGAGCCAUGGCAAAGCUACAAUUCUGGCUCUUGGCAAGGCAUUUCCUCACCAGCUUGUCAUGCAAGAUUUUCUAGUUGACGGGUAUUUCAGAAACACCAACUGUGAUGAUCCAGACCUCAAGCAGAAGCUAACUCGACUCUGCAAGACUACAACAGUCAAAACAAGGUAUGUGGUCAUGUCAGAAGAGAUCCUACAGAAGUACCCUGAGCUUGCUAUUGAAGGCCACCCUACAGUAACACAACGUUUAGACAUCUGCAACAAGGCUGUAACACAAAUGGCAAUUGAAGCUUCACAAUCUUGCAUCAAGCAGUGGGGAAGAUCCACUUCAGACAUAACCCACCUGGUCUAUGUUUCCUCAAGCGAAGCUCGACUGCCCGGAGGCGAUCUCUACCUAGCAAAAGGACUUGGACUAAGGCCAGAAACUCAGAGAGUCACCCUCUAUUUCGCGGGCUGCUCGGGAGGCGUGGCUGGCCUUCGUGUUGCCAAGGACAUUGCUGAGAACAAUCCAGGGAGUAGAGUUUUGCUAGCUACUUCUGAAACUACCAUUAUUGGAUUUAAACCACCAAGUGCAGAUAGGCCAUACGAUUUAGUUGGAGUUGCACUCUUUGGCGAUGGUGCCGGAGCCAUGAUCAUUGGCUCGGAUCCGGUUUCAGCCAUUGAAAGGCCUCUCUUUGAGUUGCAUACUGCUAUCCAGCAUUUCUUGCCAGACACAGAGAAGAUCAUCGAUGGUCGACUCACAGAAGAGGGGAUAAGCUUCAAGCUAGCAAGGGAGCUUCCUCAGAUAAUUGAGGAUCACAUUGAGGAGUUCUGCAGUAAGUUAAUGGACAUUGUUGGGUAUUGUGAAGAGGACUACAACAAAAUGUUUUGGGCAGUUCACCCCGGUGGACCAGCUAUUUUGAACCGGCUGGAAAAGAAACUGGAUUUGGUGCCGGAGAAACUUAGUGCUAGCCGACGAGCUCUGGCAGAUUAUGGAAAUGCCAGCAGCAACACCAUAGUGUAUGUGUUGGAGUACAUGCUGGAAGAGAAGAGGAAGAUGAAAGAAGAAGGAAGAGAAGACUCUGAGUGGGGCUUGGUUUUGGCUUUUGGUCCUGGGGUCACAUUUGAGGGUAUUCUUGCCAGGAAUCCAAGUGUCUGA